CACACUGAGAAAAAUAUAUAGGAAACUGUUCAUUAUAAUGCUGCUACCACUGUAACCUCAGACACCUUAUUGUAACCCCACUUAAUGGUUUCUUUACAAGACUCCUGUACAUAAGGAAUGUAGCAUUAUGGGUGAAGUGCAAAAGGGUUUGAUGUCCCUUGUGGAAGAGUUAAGAAAAGUUGAGAAUCUGAAUGAAAACGUUAGAAUCGUCCUACUUGGCUUGGACAAUGCUGGAAAGACAACAAUAUUGACCCGGCUUGCUCUGGAGGAGGCCAGCAGUAUAACUCCAACACAGGGUUUUAAUAUCAAAAGUGUCCAGUCUCAUGGUCUGAAGCUAUCAGUCUGGGACAUUGGAGGUCAAAGGUCCAUUCGCACACACUGGAAAAAAUAUCUUGGAAGCACAGACUUACUGAUUUAUGUAGUGGACAGUGCAGAUCGUAAACGGUUUGAGGAAACUGGCCAGGAACUGGCAGAACUGGUUGAAGAGGAUAACCUGCUGGGUGUCCCUCUCCUUGUGUUUGCAAACAAGCAAGAUUUACUGACAGCAGCCCCUGCUGCAGACAUUGCUGCUGGACUCAACCUGCAUACAUACCGUGACCGAACAUGGCAGAUCCAAGCAUGCUCUGGCCUCUCUGGGGAAGGGAUCCAGGAUGGAAUGAACUGGAUAUGUAAAAACAUUGCGGCAAAGAAAAAGUGAAAUCUCGAUUUAGCAAAAAAAGCAUAGAAGAGAGAGAAACACUUAUU